AUGGAGCGGAGAUUGGGGCAGCUAUCGGUGACAAAUGAUAUAUUCACCAAAGAGGAUGGUGAUUUCUUGGUGAAGCAUGGAGCACUUCCUGAAGAGAGAAUACGUUCUGUGGAAACUGGGGGAUGCCCUCAUGCUGCAAUUCGCGAAGACAUCAGCAUUAAUCUAGGCCCUCUUGAGGAGCUUUCUAACUUGUACAAGGCAGACAUACUUCUUUGUGAAUCAGGCGGAGAUAAUUUAGCUGCGAACUUCAGCAGGGAGCUGGCUGACUAUAUUAUUUACAUCAUAGAUGUAUCUGGUGGUGAUAAAAUUCCACGAAAAGGUGGCCCUGGAAUCACUCAAGCUGACCUUCUGGUGAUAAACAAGACUGACCUUGCACAAGCAGUUGGAGCGUGACGCACUUCGAAUGCG